AUGGAUACAUAUGUUACGGUCGAGCAUUUAUUGAAUAUCCACUUUUCAAGUUUACCUCUUGAGAAAAAGAUUGAAAUAAAAAAAGAAGGUAGGCCAAUGCCAAAUUUAAAUAUAAUACAAAUUAAGAAAACAAAGUCUAGAGAAUUUAAAAGAAGUUUUAAUAAAGACAUUUAUUCAAAACAUGAUUGGUUAUGUGGUUGUUCUAAAACGAACCGUUUGUUUUGUUUUCCUUGUAUACUUUUUUGUCGUACUUCUGGUGAUAAAAAUUGGUCACAAAACGGAAUAAAUGAUUUAGCUCAUUUGAACAAUAAAAUGAGUACACACAUAAAAUCAACUUUACAUUUAAAUGCUCAUUUAAAUUUGAAACUUUUGGGUAAACAAGAUAUAAGGCAACAACUUUCAAAUGCAUUUAGGCUUAGUAUACAAAAACAUGAUGAAACUGUAACUAACAACCGUUAUAUUUUAUCUAAAAUUAUUGAUUGUAUUAAAUUUUGUGGUGCAUUUGAACUUGCUCUUCGAGGGCAUAAUGAGAAGUCAGAUUCUGAAAAUCCAGGAAUAUUUCGCGGACUUAUUAAUUUUAGUUCUGAAUUGGAUAACACUUUAAAAUUACACCUCGAACAGUCUACAGUAUUUAAAGGCCUUUCUAAAAUAAUUCAAAAUGAAAUGUUGGAAUGUAAGCUAUUUGUUAUUCGACAAAAUAUUAAAAACGAAAUAAAAAACGCUGAUUUCUUUUCUGUUAUAUCUAACGAAACGAUAGAUGUAUCAGCACAAUUUCAAAUGUCCAUAAUAUUUCGUUAUAUUUUAUCCAAUGGUACGCCAGUUGAGAGAUUUUGGGGCUUUUUUAAUCCAUCUGGACAUGAUGCAAAGUCACUAUCAGAGUGUAUAAAAUAUAACUUAAAAGAAGUAACAGAAAACCACGACAAAUUAAUAUCGCAAAGUUAUGACGGAGCUGCUGUGAUGAGUGGUCGACUUUCCGGCGUUCAAAAACUCAUAAAAGAUGAAUAUAAAAAUGCACAUUUUGUUCAUUGUUAUGCCCACCAGUUAAAUUUAAUCUUAAGUCAAGCUACAAUGCACAACCGUGAUGUAAGAAUUUUUUUUUCCAACUUGACUGAUGUAACUAAUUUUUUUUCUAAUUCUCCGCAAAGAGUUGCCGUUUUGGAUAAAGUUGUUAACCCUCGAUCAUCAAAUACAAGAUGGAACUUCAAAAGCCGUAUUGUUAAUACUGUACACGAAAAUCGUGAGUUAUUAAUAGAAUGUAUGGAAGAGAUCGAAAAUACAUUUAAUCAAAAUAUUGCAAUUAAUCAGGCGUGCGCUAUACAUAUAUUAUAUAACCAGUUGCAAAAACGGAAAAUUGACUCUACCGAAGUGAAAAAUGCCAUUUCUCGAUUUGAAGAAAAUAUUCAAAAAGAAAGACGAAAUUUCGAUAAUUUUCAAAAUGAAAUGCCAGGUGAAGUAACUCAAUGUAGACAAAAAAGAAAACGUGAUGAUGAUACACUACUUUCUAGAAUUUGUGUUGCAAAAGAAGUCUGUGAUAUUCUUAUUGUCUGUGUUAAAGAUAGGUUCGAAUAUAAAGCUCAUUUAAGAGGGCGUCGCACCGUCAUUUUUCGAUGUGCUAAAAUCCAGGACGAAUUUAUAGACUCUCACGAACUGACUGUCAGUUCAGUCUUAGAGGUAGAAAAAAGCCUCAUGUAA